UGACGAGCGCCUACAUCCUCACCGAAUGCACGGACAGUCCCUGCAGCUCAUCUGAACCAGCAUGGACAGCAGCGGGAGGAAAGUGAUCGUCUGUGACAAUGGGACGGGGUUUGUCAAGUGUGGUUUUGCUGGCUCCAAUUUUCCCGAUCACAUCUUCCCAGCCCUGGUGGGACGUCCCAUCAUUCGGUCAGAUACAAAAGUCGGGAAUAUAGAGAUCAAGGAUCUGAUGGUUGGUGAAGAGGCGAGCGAAUGCCGCUCCAUGCUGGAGGUCUCGUACCCCAUGGAGAAUGGGAUGGUCCGCUGCUGGGAGGACAUGCUGCACCUGUGGGAUCACACCUUCGGCCCGCAGCGGCUCAACAUCAGCCCUCCCGACUGUAAGGUCCUGCUGACGGAGCCGCCCUUGAACCCGCUGAAGAACCGGCAGAAGAUCGCCGAGGUCAUGUUCGAGACCUACAAGUUCCACGGCAUCUACAUGGCCAUUCAGGCCGUGCUGACUCUCUACGCUCAGGGUUUGUUGACCGGUGUGGUGAUCGACUCCGGAGACGGUGUGACUCACAUCUGUCCUGUUUAUGAGGGCUUUUCUCUGCCGCACCUCACACGCCGCUUAGACAUCGCAGGACGCGACAUCACGCGCUAUCUGAUUAAGCUUUUGCUUCUGCGAGGCUAUGCCUUCAACCACACGGCGGACUUCGAGACGGUGCGGAUGAUGAAGGAGAAUCUGUGUUUUGUUGGCUACAACAUUGAGCAGGAACAGAAACUGGCCAAUGAGACCACUGUCCUGGUGGAGUCCUACUCGUUACCAGACGGGCGGACGAUAAUGGUCGGAGGCGAGAGGUUCGGCGCACCAGAAGCUCUUUUCCAGCCUCAUCUCAUUAACGUGGAGGGUGUUGGUGUGGCCGAACUGCUCUUCAACACCAUCCAGGCAGCAGACAUUGACCUCAGGUCGGAUUUGUACAAGCACAUCGUCCUGUCCGGAGGAACCACCAUGUACCCGGGACUUCCUUCCCGUUUGGAGCGCGAGAUCAAGCAGCUGUAUCUGGAGAGAGUGCUGAAGGGAGACACUGAGAAACUUUCUAAAUUUAAAAUCCGCAUUGAAGACCCUCCGCGGCGCAAACACAUGGUGUUCAUGGGAGGAGCGGUGCUGGCCAACAUCAUGAAAGACAAGGAGUCCUUCUGGCUCUCGAGAGCCGAGUACGAGGAGAAAGGCCUGAAGGUGCUGGACAAACUGGGAGUAGCAGUGAGAUGAGAAGAUGUGCAGACUCGCACGCUUUACCACUGCACAUCACAGACAUCUGAGGAUGGUUACAGGCCUGAAAAUACAGCUCAAACACUACCUAGCUAUCAAAAUAAAUGAUCCAAUAAAUACUCAUUCAUACUAAAAGGUCACAGUCGGGGUUAUUAUAGUGAACUAAAACCACAAAACAUUUUUCGUUACUUGAAUUAAAAUAAACUCUACUGAAAAUAAAAUAAAAAUAUUAAAAAAACUAAAACUUAUUUUAUUUCCAUUUAGUUGCUAAGGCAACAUUUCUCAUUUUCAUUUAGUUGAUCUUCAUGUACUAAAAUAACUAAACUGAAAUAACUAAAAUUAAUGGAAAUAAAUGUAGACAUAUUUAAAAAAAAAAAUAAAAUAAAAAUGACAAAAACAAAAUUAAAAUUUAAUAUGAAAACAGAUCAUAUAAAAUAAAAACUAAUUCAAAAUAUGAAUAAAAACUGUAAUAAUAUCUCAAUGAGAUUUAAUAUUAUUACUGCUGUCUUACCAAACUAAAACACCAAACGUUAUCAUUUUAAAAAUAAAAAUAAAGCAUUUUUACUCUAUUUAUGAGCUGUUUUUCUCUUUGAAUGAGUCCUCAAGGCUAUUUUGUCAGAUUUAACUAAUUCCUGGAGACUUUCGGCCAAGCAAAUUUCUGCUCAAAGUAGAAAUUUUAAUUUUGAAUAAAGCUGAAAUUAAAAAAAAUAUUAGAUGAAAAGGUAAAAACGUUUUACGUAAAUUUAAAAUUAAACUAAUACUGAAAUAAAAAUGAAAGCGCUCUCUCUCUCUAUAAAAGAUGAAAGCACCUAAAAUUACUAUAAACUAAGCAAAACCAAACCACACUGUAAAAAAAAAAAGUUGAGCCAACUUAAAAUUUUAAGGCAACAAACUUCAGCAGAUUUUUGAGUUUUCUCAACUUGUUGUUUUAAGUUUAUACAACAAAAAUUUGAGAAUCUCCCACAAAAACAAGUUGAGCAAACUCAAAAAUCUGCUGAAGCUGGUAAAAAAUGUUUUUUUAAGUUCGCUCAACUUUUUUUUUUUUUACAGUGUAAGACACCAAAUGUUAUUUUUAGAAAUAACAAAUUAAAUAUUUUUCUUUAUUUAUGAACAGUUUUUCAUUUUAAACCAGUUAUGGUUUUGUCAGAUUUAACUCACUGAAAACUUGAGAUUUCUAUCCAAGCAAAUUCUGACUUCAAAGUAUAAAGUCUGAAUCACAUCAUGUACUGUACACAAAAAAGGAAUGUAAUGAAAUAAAUGGCAAAUUGAAACCAAAGACAUUGAGAGAAGAGUUUGACCUGGCUAAACAUUUUUACAUAUUAAAACAGACCAAUAAAAGUCAUUUGUUGAUAAUGAAUAUUUCUUAUUGUUAUUUUUCCAACAAUCCACCAAAUAUGAUUCAAAUCAGAAAAAGAGCUGCAAAACUACAUUAUACUAAGUUGCUGCUGCCAUCUGGUGGACUACAAAGACUACAAACUUACUUCAGGUCGAUGUGAGUGUAUAAAACAGCAAACAAUAAUCCAUGAUUGGCAACCAGAGGCUCCAGAGAGACAGAUGUCAGGCGUUUGCAUUCAUAAUACUGCAUGUUUAAUACUGUAUGUCAGUGAACAAGCGUACAGCAUCGUUCCCAAGGCAGUAAACAUUCAAAGAAAUUAAUCUGAGCGUGAUGAUGCCAUAUGAAGCAUAUUGUUCAUUCAUGCAUCACAAUGAACCGCAUCACAAACGAACGCAUGCAUUGGCCACGAGUUCAACUGAUCCAGCAAUAAAAAGCAUCAAAGCUGAACUGAAGUCAUAAUCAGAGCCCCAUGAAUCAUAGAAGAAGCAUUACAUUAUAGUUGCACAGUUCACUGUAGAAAGAAAGUAUUACAACGUCACAUUCAGAGUCAGAGUGAACCCGGUGAGAGAGCGUUUGAUCAAACAGUCGUUUGGAGGGACAUUCGCAGGAAACGCUGCCGUCUCUGUGUGUGUGUGUGUGUCUACACGUCCAAUGAUCCACUGAACUCUGUCAAGUGUUUAAUGUGAAAGAAAAUCAUUAAAAAAUUAAAUGAGAAAUAUUUGCAUAUUAUUCCCAUACAUCACCAUUACAUUUUAAUGGGCUAUAUAGUGUUAGAAUUAACUAAAAUUAACCAAAUUAUCAGACAUUUUGACACUGAUGUUCAAGCCCGAAUAUUAGUAAUACAAAUCAGCUAUAUAUAUAUAUAUAUAUAUAUAUAUACAUAUACACAUGCAUAUACAUAUACACACACACACACACACACACAUAUAUUAGUGCUG